AUGUAUUGUAUUACCCUUGCCCCUUCAGGUGCUGGGAAAACACCCGCUGCUCAAAUCAGCUGCAGCCGACCCAUCAUCAAUCAUCUGGAAGUGAGGAUUGGGGAUGAUAAGCAGAUCUUGGUGGACAAUUCUUCUGUAUCUGGUCUCUUCAGCUAUUUUCUGAAUGAAAAAGUAGUACCUGUUAUGUGCAUUGAUGAAUGUCAGGGGUUUUUCAACAAGAUGCUACAUCCAUCCAAGUCUUCUAAUGAUCAAUCCCACACAAUGGAACGCAUGUGUAAGCUGUACGAUGGAGAUGCCUGGUACAAUGUUAAAGGUAACAAAGGCAAAAGAGUUGGCACGGAAUUUGCCGCCAUGUCCCUUGCUGGCUACACCACACCCAAGAUGUUUCUACAGAGAGUAUGGGGAAGAGUGGUUGAAAACAAAAAUGGCUUUGCCGACUGUUUUCUAGUGUUU